AUUUUGUCUCAUGAAUAGUCGGAUGUUCAGCGAAACCAUUAAGAGCGCACAAAGUCGAGAUUAAAACCUAUGGUGAAUUCAAAUAAUUCGAUGAUGAAAGGGUUGGCAACAAAUGCAAAAGCUCCUAAAGAAAAGAAAGUGAAGAAGAUAAGCGUGAAACCAUUAAUGCCUCCACAAAGGUUCAGCUCUAAUGAAAAUAAUGAUUCGGCAAUAGACAUUUCCGGAAAUUUCCCGAAGGAAAAAUCUCAACCGCAUGGAUCAGUACAUGCCGUUCUUGAGAAAAUGAAGAUUUCAACUGACUGUCAAGACGCAAAAGCAGGCAAACUUGCAGCUGACCGGUGGAGAAACAUGACUGCUAAGAAGAUAUAUGAUGAUUUCUGCUCUGAAACUAGUUUUUCUGCCUUGACGAGAAUACAUAAAGCAUCAAACUGGGGCAAGAGGAUUAUGUGGGUGAUAGCAUGUUUGUUUAUGCUGACAUGGCUUAUAUUACAAUGUGUUUGGUUGUUCCAGAAAUACUUCAGUUAUCCUGUUGAAGUAAAGAUCGAGGUGGAAGCAGUUCCAAAUCUUAUGUUUCCAAGCGUUACUAUUUGUAAUUUGAACCCCUUAAAGAGGAGCAUGAUGGAUAGAGGGCCAUUCAAAAACAUUUCACACUAUUUCAAGCUCGAUGACAACGAUCUUCUUUACGAUGAUUUCGUAGAUGAUAAAAUGAGAGAAUGGAAAGAAGAAAAUGAAAUAUUUCAUGACGACGAUGACUACAUGAAGAACUUUAUGAAGACAAACUCUUUCAACAAAUGGGAUGCUCUAGAAAAUGAUACAGAUAUAGCUGAACAAUUCUAUUCGGAAAUGGGCGAUUCCCAUAUGGCAGCAUUUGCAUAUUCGUCUGUCGCUGCAAGUAUCAACACGCAGGAAUUCAAAUCUUAUGGACAUCAGAAGCAAGAUAUGAUUUUGUCUUGCUCAUGGCAAGGAACGUCAUGCUCUCCAUCGAAUUUAACUUACCAUCGAAGUCAGCUGUAUGGAAACUGUUACACGAUCAACACGGUCGACAAUGGAAACGCUGCUCUCACGACAAAUUACGCCGGUCCGUUAAAAGGUCUUGCGUUGGAACUAAAUAUAGAACAGGACGAGUAUAUUGCUGCUCUUAGUCCUGAUGCUGGGGUUAUAGUCACGAUCCAUCCUCGAGGGACGUAUCCAUUUCCUCAGGACGAGGGUAUAUCUAUUCCCCCGGGGUUCAAAACUUCUAUCGGAAUAGCAAAGACAGAACUUACUCGCCUGCCUCCGCCCCACGGUGACUGUGGAGGCAAUGGGAUAGAAGUUACCAACUUAUUUAUGAGAGAUUUCGGAACGUCGUACACGAAACAAACGUGCUUAAAGUCAUGUGUCCAGCAGCAGCUUUUUGCUGCCAAUGGUUGUAUGUCGUCCUACUUCUACGUGCCCGAAAACGUCUCCGUAUGUGCUUUUACCGGAAGUGCAAAUGAUACCGCUUGUAUGGAGGAAACCAUCAGUAAACAUUUGGAGGAGUGCAACCGUAAAUGCCCCACACCAUGUCAUGAAACAAAAUACGAAUUCACGUCAUCUGUGUCAAAAUGGCCGUCUGAACAGUACGAGGAUCACCUGGAUACGAAAAUAAGUAAAUCAAUGAGUUCCUUCAUGGAAAAAGACGACAGAGCUGGCAGUGAAGACACGUUAGCUAAAGUGGUAAUAUACUUCCGUGAACUCGUGUAUGAAAGAAUUGAACAACAGAAAGCGUACGAAUCGCAGAAUUUGAUUUCCGAUAUCGGUGGUCAGCUGGGUCUCUGGCUUGGUCUCUCUGCAAUUACGAUGGGUGAACUCAUUGAAUUCUUUGCCUCACUUGGGAAGAUGGUUUGUGCAAAUGUGUGCAAGAAGAAGACACAUCCUGAUAAACUUGGAUUAAAUGAGCCUUCAGCAGAUUUAGCGUGAGAGAAAUAUAUACACAGCGUCUUUAUUGUUUUACAAAUGCACAUAUGACAUUUGUAUACUCUUAAUGACAAGUAAAUAAUCUGCGUUUUAUGUUUGAAUAUCAGCAAAGAAUAUGACGUCACCAGACAAGAACGGGACACAUUCUUAACAGCGUUUAAGUGUUAAGCUAUAAAUAUAUUGAAAAAGUUAAAAAAAAACCGUCUCCGACUUUACGAGCAAUAGCUACAUAUGUAUUUGCAUUUAUUCUAUGUUUUACUUACAAAAUCUAUAAAAUACUUAGUAUGUCUAGCUGUACAGUUAGAUUUGUAAAUAACUCAGAAAGAGCAGCAACAUAUUCUUGUUAUAUUUUAUAUCAUCUACGAGAAUGUCUGAAUGACACAGAUCCUUCGAUUACUUUCUUAUCAAUUUGCUUCCGUUGCAGUGGUAUUACCUAGUCCGAAUGACAUUUUUCGGAGACGAAAUUUUAAGUCGUACUGAGAUAUUUUCCUCUUGCUGUGGUAUUCUAUGGAUCUAAGGCUACGACAGAAAUAUUAUUUGUGUUAAUCGUUAUUGUUCAGAAUUACAUUAAUGAGAAUUAACGUUGGUAUUGUUUUCUUGUCGAUUAACAAAAAACAACAAAAA